GCGUGUCGUCGUGUGCGCGCAGGGGGGCGGUGCACGCAGUCGCGUCCUGGACCCGUUGACACAACGACUGGAGAGAGAGAGAGAGAGCAAGCAGACGGCUUGUGUCCUCGGAGGAGAAGCAGACAAAAAGAGAAGAGAAGAAAAGAGAAGACGCAUCGCGAGUGGGCGCGCAGCGAAAGCUCGGAGCGUCAUGGACGCGCUGUAAAGGUCGCUCCGCUCCGCUCUGCCGCCAAGUUCCAGUCGUCAAGUGCUCCCGGUCCCCCCGCCGUCCCCCCGGCAGGCAGGCAGGCAGGCAGGCAGACAUGGACGCCUGCAGGCUGCAGGUCGCGCUGCACAUCUUCUUGACGCUCCAACAAGCCGGCAGCAGACAAGUUGGAGCCCAGAGAGGGCUUCGGCGGGACAGCCGCUAGCAAUCAUCAUCAAAUAAAAGCGCCCCGGCGGCCUGCGUUGCGUCAGCACCGCUCUCUCGGGUCAACUUUGUGUAGAAACACCAAAAGAGCGGGAGCGAGAGCACCUCGAGCGCGGCGGCGGCGGCGGCGGCGGACUACUCAUUGAAGCAGCAGAGAUGGCAAAACGGGAGCCUACACGUACAGGAACCAGCGCAAGUUCACCGAGGACAUGGACUGGUCGUACGCCGGAACGCUGAACCAGAACAACUGGGCCAAGAAGUUUCCGUCGUGCAGCAACGCCAAGCAGUCGCCCAUCGACGUGGAGGAGAACCUGGCCCGGGUGGAGCUGCGCUACCAGCACCUGCGCUUGGACGGCUGGGAGAACCUGACGGGCCGGCGCACCACCAUCAAGAACGACGGCAAGACCGUGGCGCUGGACGUGGACGGCGACUUCCACGUCAGCGGCGGCGGCCUGGCUUCAAAGUUCAAGGCGGGGCGCAUCACCUUCCACUGGGGGCGCUGCAACGCCUCCUCGGAGGGCUCCGAGCACAGCCUGGAUGGCGUCAAGUUCCCCCUGGAGAUGCAGAUUUACUGUUUUGAGCCGCAGCGCUUUGACUCCUUCCAGCAAAGCCUCAAGUCUGGAGGACGCCUCACAGCUCUGGCGGUGCUCUUUGAGGCCAUCGCAGAGGAGGACAACGCCAACUUUGCCCCCGUCAUCGACGCCGUCGACAGCGUCAGCAGAUACGGUAAAAGCGCCCAGGUGGCGCCCUUCGCGCCGCGGGCCCUCCUGCCCGACUCCACGGACAAGUACUUCAUCUACAACGGCUCGCUGACCACGCCGCCUUGCAGCGAAACGGUGGAGUGGAUCGUCUUCAAGAACACCGUCCCCAUCUCGGCCCGGCAGCUGGAGACCUUCUGUGAGGUGAUGACCAUGCAGCAGGCGGGUUACGUGAUGCUGAUGGACUACCUGCAGAACAACUUCCGGGACCAGCAGCGCAAUUUCAUGGGUCAGGUCUUCUCCUCCUACACCGGCACCGAGGAGCUCCUCACACCAGUGUGCAGCUCGGAGCCGGAGAACGUUGAGGCGGCCGCCUACAACUUGAGCAGUCUGCUGGUGACGUGGGAGCGGCCGCGGGCCGUCUACGACGCCGCCAUCGAGAGGUACUCGGUCAGCUACAAGAUGGCCGAGGACGGCGAGGACGCCGCGCCCUCGGAGUAUCUGACCGACGGAGACCAGGAUGUGGGGGCCAUCCUGGACGAGCUGCUGGCCAAUCGCACCUACGAGCUCCAGGUGGUGGCGCUGUGCGCCAACGGCCUUUACGGACGCCUCAGCGACCCGCUGACCUUCACCCUGCCCGCCGAUGGCCCGGGGGAUGCUCUGAUCCCAGAUUCCAACCAAUUUGACGAUGAGGGGGAGGAAGAGCCACCGGAUCCAUGGUUCAAUGGACCUGCGCAAACGGAAGAUUACAAUGGUGUUUGGAUUACCGCCAAAGCGCCCGCGAGCCCGACUUUGGGAGAACCCGGCCAACACGCCGUGCCGCCCACCAAGGCAGACUCAACCUCCAGUCGGCCACCGGGAGGCUCCGCCGGGUCCUCGUUUACGACUCCUCAGUAUGCAAACACGAGAGACAGUCAGGGCGGGGUCAGGCCAAAGUUCUCCCAAAACAGCAAAGCGGGCCCAAAUUCGACAGCACCGAAUGGGGGUGAAGGUGUUCCCUCAAAUGGGACAAGCAAUCCAAUGAGCACCCCCGCAAAAACAACCUUUGACUGGAUGAACAGGACCACAGCGGUGACUGCACCGGAGAAGACAACCCCGGGCCAGCCAAUGAACACGAGCGCGAUCAAGUCCGCCGCCGUCACGGGCCAGCCAACGAACACGAGCACGAUCAAGUCCACCGCCGUCACGGGCCAGCCAACGAACACGAGCACGAUCAAGUCCACCGCCGUCACGGGCCAGCCAACGAACACGAGCACGAUCAAGUCCACCGCCGUCACGGGCCAGCCGAUGAACACGAGCACGAUCAAGUCCACCGCCGUCCAGAGGCCAGCAACAAACGUGACCGUGACCGAGACCGCAAGCAUGAACGCGACGACAGCAAUGUCUUCAAACAUGACCUGGCCACUGAAGAACACAGACGUGAACGAGACCACCAACACCACCCCGGCGACAAACCAAACCGUAACCAUGACCGGGCUGGCGACCGAGCCCACAAACAAGACCGCAAGCCUGAAUACCACGACGGAAAUGUCUUCAAACCCGACUGAAAACAAGACUGCAAACAUGAGCUGGCCACUGAACACAACUGCAAGCGCGACCCCAGCAACAAACCAAACCAUGACCAGGCCAGCGACCAAGACCACAAACAAAACCGCGAGCAUGAAUAUGACGACGGAAAUGUCUUCAGAGCCGACUGCAAACAAGACUACACGCAUGAGCCGGCCACUGAACAAAAGCACAAACGCGACCCCAGCGACAAGCCAAAUCAUGACCACGCCAGAGACCAAGACCGCAAGCAUGAAUAUGACGACGGAAAUGUCUUCAGAGCCGACUGCAAACAAGACUACACGCAUGAGCUGGCCACUGAACAAAAGCACAAACGCGACCCCAGCGACAAAGCAAACCACAACCAAGACCGGGCUGGUGACAGAGACCACGCACAAGACCACAAGCAUGAAUACCACGACUCCAAACAAACAGGCAAAGAACCAAACGGCGACCUUGAUGAAACCACUCAACAAGAAUACAAGCAUGACCAACACUAAGAGCAUGGCCACAGACCUGACCCGUCCUAGCGACCAAAUCAUCACAACGUCGUCCGUCCAAAUGGACCCACGCCAAGGGCAGAGCACACCCAAAACAGUAAAUACCGGAAAUGGUGGUGGUGGUGGUGACGAUGACGUGGUCCAGGUCCAGGGUGAGCCCCCAGGGGCAUCUCCCCCGCGAGGGUCUACAACGCCCAGCAUGCCUCAGUUUUCAAGCACAAAGUCUUGGCGGAGCCACGUUCUUUUGCCGACCAUGCCUCCGCUGUCCGAGGCCCUCCCAACCGAGCCCGCCUCGUCAGCACGGCCGCCUUCCGUCCCCACGCCACCCGGUGUCUCGGAGUCCGACGUAGAUCAGGAGCGGGACAGCAUCCCGCCGUCGGCCUCGGGUGAGAGCGCCCUUCCUCGUUCCACGGAUCCCGUCACUUUAGGAUCCGGACAGACGCACGGAGAUUUGGACGACGUCUCCUCGGCUUUCUUUUUUGACGGCGGGAGCGGGAGCGCCGCCGGGUCCGGGCGAGCGAGCGCCGCCUUGCCGAGCGUAAUCGCGGUCCCCGCGCCUAUCUUCCCCGAGGACAGCGGCUCGGGUCAGGCCGAGAACCCGCUCGACGGCGACGGCUCCUCGGACUUCAGCAUUCCUGAGCGAACCCAGAGCGAGUGGGGAAAAGAGGAGGAGCCAGUGGCAGACGUGAGCGACAGCAGCCACGAAUCCCGAGUGGGCUCGGUCAGAGAGGGCGAGAGGAAGGCGCUGGUCCCCCUGGCCGUCAUCUCCACGCUCACGGGCCUCGGGCUCCUGGUCCUGGUUGGCAUCCUGCUCUACUGGAGGUUGUGUUUCCAGACGGCGCAUUUCUACGUGGACGAAAGCGCCCGCCCGCGCCUUGCCGCCGACGCAACCGCGUUCACAUCGGACGAAAAAGCCGCACUCCCCGUCCAAGACUUUGUCCAACGCGUCUCCGAGCUUCACCGAACCAGCGGAUUUCAGCGCAAGUUUGAGCUCCUCAAAGAGAGUUACGAGGAGGUGCAGGCGUGCGCGGCGGACGUGGCCACGACCUCGGAGACGUCCAGCCAUCCCGACAACAACGGCAAGAACCGAUACAGCAACAUCCUGGCCUUCGACCAUACUCGAGUGCGACUCACGGCGGCCGACAACGGACGGGAUUACAUCAACGCUAACUUUGUGGACGGCUUCAAGAUGCGCCACGCCUACAUCGCAGCACAGGGGCCGCUCAAGUCCAGUACGGACGACUUCUGGCGCAUGAUCUGGGAACAGAAGGUCGGCGUCAUCGUGAUGAUCACCAACCUGCUGGAGAAGGGACGCAGGAAGUGCGAGCGCUACUGGCCCGUCGACGCGCCCGAGGACUACGGCGGCCUACUGGUGGCGCCCAAGAGCGUCCGAGAGCUGGCCCACUACACUCGGCGGACCUUCAGCGUCACCGAUAUGAAAAAGGCUUCCGGGAAGAGGCGGGACCGGGAGCGAGCAGUCACGCAGUACCACUACACGCAGUGGCCCGACAUGGGCGUGCCCGAGCACGCCUCGCCACUCCUCAGCUUCAUCCGCCGCUCUUCUCGGGCCAGGACGGCAAACAUGGGCCCGGUGGUGGUGCACUGCAGCGCCGGCGUGGGCCGCACGGGCACCUACGUGGUGUUGGACAGCAUGCUGAGGCAGAUGAGACACGAGGAUGCCGUGGACGUGGACGGGUUCCUCCGACACAUCCGCACGCAGAGGAACUACCUGGUCCAGACGCAGGAGCAGUACGUGUUCAUCCACGACGCCUUGGCGGAGGCCAUUUUGUGCGGCGACACGGAGAUGGCGGCCUCGGACCUUCACGCCUACGUGGGGCGGCUGCUGACGCCGCUGCGUGAUGGCGGCACGCCGCUGGAGCAGCAGCUGGAGCUGCUGAGCGCCCAAGCGGCAAACGACGACGACGCGACCGCUCUUCACGACGACAACCGGCAAAAGAACCGAAGUGGCUCGCUGCUACCGGCGGAGAGGUCGCGAGUGCGUUUGUCGCCGUGCGCCGGCGACACGUCCGAUUACAUCAACGCGGCCUACGUGACGGGCUACAGGAGGAGCAAGGAGUUCAUCAUUACCCAGAAUCCUUUGCCAAGCACCCUCAAGGACUUCUGGAGGAUGAUUUGGGAGCACGACGUGCGGGUCAUCGUGUCGCUGCCGGGACCCGAGCGCGCUCAGGGUGAAGAGGAGGAGGAGGAGGAGCCGUGCGUGUUCUGGCCCGGCAAAGGGGAGCCGCUCCGCUGCCAGAACUUGACCGUCACUCAAACGUGCGAGAGGGUGCUGUGCCUGGCCAACGAGGACGCGCUGCUCGUUCAGCACGUGGCCGUGCGGGCCGCGCAGGACGACUUUGUGACGGAGGUGCGCCUGUACCGCGCCCCCCGCUGGCCCCACCCGGACCGCGCCAUCAGCGACACCUUUCUGCUGCUACGGCUGCUGCUGGAGGAAACGCCCACCGAGGGAGGGGCCGUGGUGCUCCUUGACCGAGCGGGCGGAGUGACCGCCGGGACUUUCUGCGCGCUCUCGUCUCUAAUGGGCCAGCUCCGUGACGGACGGCGCGUCGACGUCUUCGGAGCGGCCAGGAUGAUCAACCUCGCCAGGCCCGGCACCUUCUGCAAGCGCGAGCACUUGGAAUUCCUGUACGAGGCCUUGCUGAGCGUGCUGGACGAGCCCCAAGAAGAACGUCAACAAGACCAAGUCGACGAGGCCCGCCGAGGCCGAGAAGAGCACCGGCUAUGGAAGAGCGGCGGCGGCGGCGCACGUCAGGAGCGCAACGGCGCCGUCACGCCAGCAGGGGGCGAAAGCGCCACGCCAGACAGCCUCGACUCUCUGGUGUGAUCAGAAAACAAAUGGUGAGCGAGUUCACCGCUGCCUUUCUGCUGGCCAAGAGAACUUUGGACGUCGACGUGGUCUCUUUUUGUAACGUGCCUUUAAAAAAAAAAAAAAAAAACUCUGCGACCAGACGAAGUAACACGCUGGGCUUUUUACAUAUUUAUUGGCAGCAACAAUGUAAAAAGCAACACGGCAGCAGUAGCAACUUUUGCUCCUCAUGUUCCUCCCCAAAGGACCAAAUUGUAUUUAUGGCCCAUUUUCAUAUUUAGUGCUUCCGUCUUCAGUUGAGGUCAAACAAAUGCGCAAGAUUCUAACAAAUCUCUUUUCUAUUUGUUUUUUUCUGCUCUGCUGCUUUCGUUUGCCAUUAAACGAUUACCAAAAUCA